UCACAGUCUGUAGUACUGCAGGGAUUUAUUCCAUGGAUGUAGAAAUGUCGGAAGGAUUCUGAUUUGUAUCUAUUUAUUAGGUCGCCACGAUAUGGUGGCCCAUAUAAAAGUUGGUUCUUCGUCGCCAUUUGAAGAGGCAUGGCGAAGACCAUGCAACAAAUCGAGGAAAAGCUUUAGCAACUCCAGUGAAUGAGUAAAGAGACGUGAUCAACGACUCCAACUGAAGAUUUCUACGUAUAACCGUUCGGCUGUCUUCGUGAGUCACGUGAUACUUGGCGCCAUCAUCGUGUCCGUCCGCCCGGAGUCUCCCUCUUUAGCAUAUUCGGGACGGUCAAGCACCUACAGUGCGGCAUCAUGUUGCGAGCAGUUUUCCAACUGUCGGCUGCAGGGGCUCGGAGUCUGGCAAGGACACGACCCUGCUACUCUGCUCCACUGGCCUCCAGAUGUUACUCCCAUGGAAAGGUGGAGACAGAUGAGGAGUUUGACUCCCGCUGGGUCACUUACUUCAGCAAGCCGGACAUCGACGCCUGGGAGCUGAAGAAAGGCAUGAACACCCUGAUUGGGUAUGACUUGGUACCUGAAGCGAAGAUCCUGGAUUCGGCACUAAGAGCCUGUCGGAGACUGGAUGAUCUGGCCAGCGCCAUCCGAAUCCUUGAAGCCGUCAAGGAUAAAGCCGGUCCCCACAAGGACAUCUAUCCCUACCUGAUCCAGGAGCUGAAGCCCACUCUAUCAGAACUUGGGAUCUCAACACCAGAAGAGCUUGGAAUUGAUCAAUUGUAGACCGCAAAGACUCUUUUGGCUUCUGAAGAGACGAGCCCUCCUGAUACUCUCCAGUCUAGAAUAUAUAUAUAUUGUUAAUUGAACACAUUUUGUCCUAUUGUACAAAAACGUGGAUGUAAUAAAGAAAAUGUUUGAA